AUGAGUUUUGGAUACAAGAUGACUGAUAAAACUGAAAAUGAGAAUGUUGUACAGCCUGUCGAAAAGCCAUGUUCUCCUGCCUAUCCGCCUACACCUACUGAACCCGAUGACAGCGAAGUUAUCAUCUCAGAACAGGACUUUACUCCAGACUUUCCAGUUGCAGAAAUGGAUACCAUGCAUACUAAAAUCCGGAAACCUAGUUGGGUAGUUCCUGUGCUCCCAAAUGAGGAACUGGAGACAGUUUUACUGGCUUGUAUCAAGCUUGUUGAAACGAACCAAUAUGAACGUUGUUUAUAUUUUAAUAAGUUUUGUGAUCAAGAUCUUAAUUCGGCGUUCGAGAAAAUUAUCUGUGAUCGUGCGGGUGAUUUAUGGAGUGACCAGACUCACCAUUUUAUUUUUAUGAACUCUCUCCUUGCUGUUCAAUUGUGCGCUUGCAUGGCCGACAAGGAUUUUGCGCCGAUAAUGGAGUUGGAAUCACGCCUGUUUAAUCCAGAAUCCAAGUUCCAUAAGCACAGUGUGUCCAAUCGAAGCUCUUUGGAGGCCAUUCGUUUUGGUACAGGUGAGACCGAGUCUGUCUCCCGUUUCGCGGUUAUAAUGUCCGCUCUACCUGAGUUGCGUCGUUCGGUUCAGGGCAAGAAUGGUGGAGAAAGCUCUGACCUCAAGAUUUUCGCUACCGCAUCCAUGGCUCGUCCUUUACCACUGCUAGAGGAUUUUAUCAAUCUCUUUGGCAGACUUGGUGGGUUUGACGCGCUUCUCGAGCGCUUUCGCAAUUACGGCAAUGGGUCACCAACACUUCGUCUUUUCUUCAACUACCUCAAACCUUUCAAAGCAUGUUGCUACUACCUCACUGAUGAAGUGGUAAAGGAUUACUUUUUGCCGAUGACUGAUAUUGUUCUAACCUUCAUGAAGAAUUUGACCGAGGCGGACGUUCGCCAAUCGGUUCGAAGUGAUCAGCGUAGCAAUCAUCUGGCUGAUUUCGCUGUUAUCCAACAGUUCUAUCAGCGUAUUUAUGGGCCAAAUUACAAUAUUGAGGAAUUUGAUGAGCUUCAUUUGCAACUUAUUUUGAAAACAAUGAGGACGGAUCUCUUCGGAGGGAAGAUGAACGCGUUGAACGAUUUAAUAACAAUUAUCUGUGACAUCAAUACGAGAUCGGGUAACGCUUCAAAGCCUUUUGCAAUGGUAGACAGACUUGUCAAGUGGUUGAAGGAUAAUCAGGUCUUGUCACUGUUGCUGCGUUCGAACCUGCAUCAGCCACAGUACGUGGAAAAAGUGACUCGAGUGGUUCAGUUCCUCGUCGAAAUGCACGAACUGAGCUUAGAGGAUCUAGAGGAGAUCUGGGAAGCUCAGGCCGGGAAGCACGAGGCCAUUGUGAAGAACGUAGAGGAUAUGCUCGCUCGCCUGGUGCAUUACUUCAGUCCCGAACAGCUUGAUCGGCUCUUCGACUGUUUCAAGAAAGCCUUUCAGACUACCACGAAGCGUCAGCAAGAACGUUUAAUUGUUCUGAUUCGUCGUCUGACCAUGGAAAAUCUCAUUGGGUUGGAGUCCAAAACGCUAGAGUUUUUCUGGGAUCUUGCCACAAGACCCUCUCUCCUACCUGAAAUCAGUGCGGCUGCAUUGGAGGCACAUAGUGGGAUUUUGACUGACGCAAUGAAAACUGCUGGAUCGGUUCAGCAAAAUUUGGCCUGGCUCUCUAGGUUUGCAACUAUUCUCCAAGAGGAUUCUGAUGACUAUGCUGUCAUCCGUGCAGCUCGGCAGAUCAUCGAAGUGCAUCAAUUUUUGAGGGUCUACCACGGAAAUCUUAUACAUCAAUUAACGGUUAACAAUGAUCUCAUCACUGUUUGUAUUAACAGUCUUCGUAAUUAUAUGCACAAAUACUCGGUCAAAAAUUCAAAAGUGGCCCAUGAUACAGGCAUUGAUUCAAUAUCUUCCCAACCACCGUCGACGACUUCGACAUUGGGUCGAGGUGAUACCGCAACGCCAGCCUCAUCCACGUGUACCAACACCCUAGAGCUGCCUCCACUACAGGCCAAGAUGAGCGACGACGGUGGAGUGAGCUCGCAGUCGGAAAAACCCUCCACAAAUCACUUCCAACCCAUACCUCAUGUUGAACAGAUUAGGGAACGUCUGGAACUGCUACAUUUUCUCGCAAAGGAAUCGGGGAUCUCUCUGACCUUGGAACAGAUGAAUCUUCUCUGGCGUUGCCUCAUUGUCGAUACGGAAGUCGAUCAGGACGCCUGUUCCUGCGCGGACUCAGACUCAUCGGCUGGAUGCAGUUCCACUCACUCUUCCGCAACGGUGGAGGGUCGAAAUAUCUGUUUUUCUUGGUUUAAUCCAAACACGAACGGACUUAUUCAUCCAUUCUUAACGGAGUUCUUUCAGGAUAAUAUCCUAAAUAUUAAGCCGGAAGUUCUCACACCUGCGGGCAUGGAUCUGUUUCGGUGUUUUUUCAACUGUGUAAAUACGAAGUUGAAGUCUAGUGAGGAGACCACUUUGCAGUCUCAAUCAGAUCUGAUGGGGUUGGAUUACCUCUGGCACAUCGUUCUCGCUUCCAACGACGGGGCUGCCCGAAUCGCCAUUGAGAUGUUGCGAGAGCUCUACACGAAUGAUAGAGAUCCGCUCAAUGAUCCACGAAAACUCCGUUUCGACUUCCUUAAGAAAUGCUAUGACUUUCUCUCGUCAAGCUACGCCAAGAUCUAUGGACUCCUUCUAGCGCACGGCAUAGCUUCACCAGAUGGAAGUGCGUGUCGUCUCUUCAAUAAUCCCCAACAGCUCCUCCUCAUCACACGUGAUGCGGAGCAAGACCUGAGCAACAUCGAUCGCGUGAUUCGGGUUCUCCGACGCUUCCUUAUUGAAUGCGAUCGGCAGUUUAAGACUCCUCGUGUACACUUACCUCUAUUUCAGUCUUGGUCCGGUUCUUCGAUAUUGCUGACAGUGAACUUCAAUGCUGUUAAGAAGGGCUCAGCGGAAGACUUAAAAUUACAAAAAUAUGGCGCGACGGAAGGACGGCAGUAUGAGUCCAGUACUAUGACGAUCAUAGCUCACGCCAACGAGACGUUAGGUCGUUUGCGCUCGCGUCUGCUCAUUUGCCGCUUAAAAGAGGUGCUCUUACCACUGAAUUCACCGGCUACUAAUGCAGGAGGCGAUGAGGGCGCCCUUUCUUGUCCGGCCAAGAUUCUUGACGAAUUUUGCGUAGAUCUAUGCGAAGCGACUGGUCUCUCUGGGAACCUUUGUCUUUCAACCUUUCUCCUUAUAUCGUCAUCUGAUCUAAGGGGGAACUUCAACACCUCUCUUGAUUCAACAUCAUUUAAUGAUGAUAUGAAGUCUUUGACAUCUCUGUCGGCCUUUUUGUACCUACCGGCUACCAGUACACCUUUCUAUCCUGACGGACCAUACAUUCCUGGCUCCUCGAACGUGUUCAGUUUACCACAGGGCCCGAGAGAAUGUGGUUCCUUUCCUUCGAUGGGCAACUGUUCCAGCUCCUCUUCGAAUCGUGCGCUUCGUGCUCCUCGCGGCAGUCCCUCCCCAACCCUCACCGAUGAUGAGAAUGUCCAAAUGCCCGUCAGAGGGGGAAAUGUCGGUGGCGAUUACUCUGUGAACGCCGGCUCCGCGUCCCUGCCGCAUUCUAUCAGCUCCGAGACCAACCAAGAUGAUUUAAUGGGUUCACCGUCCGAUGAUGGCGAUGGUGCUAAAAGUCCACCAACAGAACCCGUGGCGGGUGCAAACCCCAGUUCUACAGCUAGAGGUGACUGUGUUACCGAGGCUUCUCCGCCUUCAGCACCGCUCAACGAACUUCGCAAAGAAUGCAAUCUUCCGGACUACGUAAUGUCGGAGGAUCUGAAUUUUGUGCAUCUCCUUCUCGACAUUGGGAAUGUGGCCGUGUUUUUGGGUAUCAACGAGCUCCGUGAUAGGACCUUCGAUGUGCUCUUCUCAUUGCCGAUGAACUUGACAUAUCGAAACGUUCUUUGUGAAAGCCUUCACAGUCAUAAGGGCAUUGAGAAGCUUACAGACCUUUUAAAAUGUUCCAUCUCUGAACUGAACCUCCCUUGCACACCUAGUAAAAUCCACAAUAACUUGGAAUUCCCAGGCGUUACGCAUCAAUUAUAUCUUCUUCAGGUCCUUUACGCUACACUGAAUCCAAGUGUAGAAAUUAUUUUGUGCAUCAACGAUGCGAAGUGUUUCUCCCGUCAUUUCACCCUGGAAAGCUUUAGCUAUACAUUGGCCUUCCUGCGCAACGGUGGAUUGGGGAGCCUCCUAUCUGCCUGCGCUUUAGGAGACACGAAUGCUGUCACGGCAGAUCCUCUGUCUCAACUCAUUCUCCUCUGGAUCUGCCGAAUCCUCUACCUGGGUCUUUACUGUGUUAUGGCUACUCUAGUGUUGGUUUUUGACGGUAGCACGGUCUGCCUUGCUCAAAUGAAGGCUCUCUGGGGAGUAAAGUCGGCUUCAGCUCUGAGCACUGGCGAUUGUAUCCUUCAAAAAUACGCAGAAGCCUUCUCGCACUUCGCUGUUAAUGCUGGGGUAACUAUGGCGGAAAUCCAGUCAGCGUGGUUGAAUAUACCUCCACGCUCGUGCGAGCUCCUGCGAGAUGUUAUCUGGCUGAUCAGUUCCGCCCUUCCAAUCGCCUCAAUUUCGUCGGCACACUCUCAACGCAAGGCUACCAUCGCGCACUCGCAUGACAGUGGAUGUAUCUCCCCGAGGACCGAUGUCUUCUGCCAUCCAACACCACCGAGCGUGACGUGCACAUUUUCCACCACCUGUGGUCUCAAGUCAGCGCCACUUCAAACCUUUUUCCAAAUUGGCCACCUUGAUUCCUCCGACUUGUCAAUCGAAUGCCUCCAACUGCUCCCUUCUGAACCCCACUAUUGCCCAUCCCCGGUCACCCUACCCUACAUUCUCAAUCUCAACUCCGGUCGGACACCCGGUUGUCUCUCUACGACUGCUCUCUCAACCCUCUCAUUCCUUCUCUCCCUCUCUCCUGACUCCUCGCUGGUAGACUUUCUCCUACACAAAGUACCCCUCAGCCAUGAUCAUGAGGUCCUUAAGUCCUGGCUCGACUUCCUUCGGCACAUUCUCGUUCUCUCACCCUCUUCACAUUUGCGCCAGUCAGCUACUUGUCUCUUGAACAUUGUGGUGACCUGUGGCCUGACAGUGGCCAUUUCACUUCAGCCCUCCAGUGAACUCGACGCGCCCGCAAGUACAACGGAUGUGGUGGGAUUUGUGAUCGACUUUUUGGUUAAGGCAUUAAACGAGAGUGAAUCGGAUCAAGCUCUUUACUCCGCCGAUUGCACCGAGGUACUGGUUGGAAUUAUGGACUUUUUACAAUCAGAAUCACUUACACUAGAUACUGCUGAAAACCUCUUUGUAAAUGAAUGGGCUUGGUUGUCAAAAAGAAUCACCGUUCCAUCGUCGGAUUCCGAUGAAGGAGGUUGUGUUGAUACUCCGACUCAUCUCUCUAUCCCCAAUCUAUUUCGCUCCCACCUACGAUUGUGCACAUGCCUCAUUCCGUUCCAAAACAGGAAACUUUUUGACGAAUCAAAUAAGGACUUUAUUGGACUUGGCCCAGUGGACGCCCUGCUUGAAGUGGUGAUAUUUCCAGCCGCGAAACGCUUCAAUGAACUGCAGAGACGUCUCUCAUUAGAAACGUGGGAGCUUGCAAGGGAGAUCACCUCUGCCAGUGCUAUUUUGGAGGUAUCCAGGGUCAUUUCGACCCCACCCAACGGGAUCCUCAAUGCUGCCUUCGACCUUCUCCUCAAAUUGGCACUCUUCGUACCUCGUGUCUUAUACCCCUUCCUCUCCGACAAAAUCUGUUCCCUUCUUUACUCUUUUAAUACUCGGGUGACCGAAUGGGAGCCCCUUGACCCCCUGCCGUCUUCGAACCGCUCUCCUAAUAACAAUAGUAAACGCAAUUGUCUGAGCUUUAAUGCUGAGAGCCUUUGCGGCAGCCCAGGAUUUGUGGGUCUUAAAAAUGCCGGUGCCACAUGCUAUAUGAACGCAGUGCUGCAACAGCUAUUUGCCAUCCUUCCCAUCCGCAACGCGAUUCUUUCUGCUCCCGUCUCGGACACUCUUCAGAAAGCUGGUGUUAAUAUCGCCUCCCUCCAUUCCCCCUACGCGCCACCUUUGUCUCCGAAAGGAGACCUCAGUGCAUCUCAGCUCAGCCAUCUCUGCACGCUCUUCUCCCUGCAAGAUAUGUUUGCAUUUCUGGCCUAUACGCGACGAGCAUUCUACGAUCCUAGCCUAUUUUUGAGGCAUUUUAAGCUCUGGGGUGAAAAAGUGAACCACUCGGAGCAACACGAUGCCCAGGAAUUUCUCAUUUGUCUCGUAGACAAUCUCGAUGAGGCAAUGAAAAUAUGUGGAAUGCCGAAGGCCAUUGAAAAUGUCAUUGGGGGGACCUUCGAGGAUCAAAAGAUCUGCAUUGACUGUCCACACAGGUACCAACGAGAGGAGUCCUUCCUAGUGAUAAGCGUGGAAAUCCAAAACCGAUCUACUCUCUGCGAGUCUCUAGAGGAGUACGUGAAGAGCGACCUUCUUGAGGGUGACAACGCCUACCACUGUGAUCAUUGCGACAAGAAGGUUGCUGCGCGCAAACGCAUGUGCAUCAAGCGUCUCCCUCAGAUCCUCGCCAUCCAACUUAAGCGCUUCAGCUUCGACUGGGAACGCCACGUUGCCAUCAAAACCAACGACCGUUUCUCCUUUCCUUUUGAACUCGACAUGGCGCCGUACACAGUGGAAGGUCUGGCCUGUUGCAAUCAAGUUCCGUGCGUCGGCGAAAGUGGCGGUGCUUGUGAGAGUUGUCCGGCGUCUCCAGGAGCAACUGAGGCAGAAGCUCCGAGGCAGCCUACACGGUACACUCUUCGUGGGGUUAUUGUGCACAGCGGGGAGGCCGCUCAUGGUCAUUACUACUCCUUCAUUUUACAUCACAAUCGGGAGACCGGGAAAUCCCAGUGGUACAAGUACGACGACACUCGUGUUACAGAAGUGAUCGCGGACUCGCCUGGGUUUGAGCAGACCGAGUGGUUUGGUGGAGAAUAUACAUCUGAAACUCCCAUGCGCUUUAGCUACAGACCUUAUAUGCGUUGUUAUAGCGCCUAUAUGCUCUUUUAUGAAAGGGAAGACUUUAAAGAAGUCAACAUCGUUUCCAACCUAUGCAGUUCCAUGCAAUCUGUUGGGCUCUCUGAUGGCACAGCAGGUCUGGUUCCAUGCCCACCUCAUAUUGCGAGCCAGAUUUACGCUCAAAACGUGGAGCACUUUAACACCAGCAUGCUAAUGAAUCCGAUUUUUGAGCAGUUUGUGCAUCGACUGGCCACAGCGGAUUGCCUUAGGCAACAGUCAGCCAAUGCCCCUGAAUGGAUGAAAACCUACGAGGCUCUUGCAAGGCUUCUUACGCAUUUCUGCUUCGAUUCACGUUUUCACACCAAGGAGAAUAAUUGGUGCCUCUGGUUUCAUCCAUUUUUCGAGCUGCUUCGAGUGGGUCCUUCUGUUCGGGAAAUCUUCACCCAACGAACCUGUUUUUCGUCACCGAACCAAAUUCAUGACUUUUUCUUCAGGUGCCCAUAUCCUGGGGUUCGUUAUCUCUAUGGCGCUCUCCUGAUAUUGGUUGUCUUUUUGGAGCUGAAAUCGAAUCCGACCAAACCAGUGGCUGACCAAAUCAUGCAAAAGUUAAUUGCCGAACUGCCAAGCUGCUUUGCCUCCACCAGUUCAGAGUUAUUCUAUCAUGAACCUCCUUUGUACGGGCCAGUCACUUUAUCCGGUUCCUACUGGAACCCUUCUACUGACGACUCCCGACAUGAGAUUCAACAGUCUGCCUGUGGUGGCCAGCUUCUUGCUCUUUUGCUCGAUUACGCUCGUCUGGGUCCCUUACUUACGGAGCAUUUGGCACGGCUUGGUCUUCACACCAAACUCAUGCAUUAUUUGAUAGGUAGUUUGCCCAAUACAUCAAUCUUGUGCCGCCCAUUAACUCUCGUCACUAGCCAUCCAGCUACUGCCGACCAAAUGGAGCGCUAUAUGAGCGAUCUUGAUAAAUCCAUUGGUGUCGAUUUCGCACAUAAAGUUGCCUUCUCCAGUCGUUUGCUGGUGACCUAUGAACUAAUCAGAAAUCAAACAAAAGACAGUGUCGGUACUUCAAUCUCCUUCCUCCCUCCGGAUAAGUCACCGGCCUUCGUCUCUACCGCGAGCUUUAAGCCACGUCUCUUUUACCUCUCUCCCUCUGCAACUGUGCAUCUAUCUCCGGUAAAUCACUACAUGGAUUUGCUUGUUUGUCUGUUUUCCCACUCGGAGCUUGAAGAAUCCUCUCUGAAUCUCUCGAACAUGCUUGGCAGCAUCGAUUUCGAUAGGUUUAUUCAGGUGAUCCUUACUUGCUGCCUAAACCAAGGCAGUGUGGUAACGAUCAUUCAACUUAUCAAGAUUGUGACACAGAAUGACACUUAUCGCUCCAGAGUUGUAAUUGACGAAUUGAUGCGUAUUAUCUUCCCCUCUCAUUUAUCGCCCCUAAUGAAAUUGGCUCCGGAGCUUGCGAUUCCAGUUUUUAUGGAAGCCCUCUCUGUCUCCGACUCCCUUCAGGAGCUGCGACUAUCCUAUGCAUUCCAAAGCAGAAGAUUCUACGAUGUACUCACCCUAAUUAAGCGAUCAAACCCGAAAAUAUGGAAUGAUCCGGGAAUGAACAUGCUACGUGCCUUGAGCAGCAUGGUGAUCAAUUUUGAGGCAUUCAGAGAAUACUUUGAAUCUCAGCGCCGCAUUGGUUUGCACUUUCAUAGGAUCAUAAAUGAUGUCAUUGAAGUGGAGUACCACCAGGCCCCUGGGUCGGGUGAAUACUAUGCCAUCUUAAACCAGGCCAAAGGAGUUCUCCCAGUUCCCAAUUCUUAUGAUGAGGAGGUGGAGGAAGAGAUAGAGGCGGAAGAAGGGAAUGAGGAAGAAGAGGAAAGGGAAGAGGAGGAAGACGAGGGAGACUAUGAAAACAAUGGCUUGAAUGAUACGCGUGUCAUGCCAGAUAAUGGUGAAACGGAAUGCGAACAGAUUCGAAUGGCCCAUUUCAAAACCGACUAUUUGGAGCAUCAAGAGGAGAGUAUAAAGGAUGCCGAUAUGUAA